AUUCUAACCAUCUUGUUUUGAUGAUGAAUAUGAAGGCUCGCUAAGCCGGUCUGGAGCGGAGUGUCUCAGCGGCUGCGCUCCUUCCAGAGCCCAAGGACUUACAGCUGCGUCGCUGCCUUCCUGUGCCAACGACCCCCCAAAAGUUGUGAUGCUUUUCUUUACCCAGUGCUUUGGAGCUGUGUUAGAUCUCAUCCACCUCCGCUUUCAGCACUACAAGGCUAAACGGGUGUUCGCCGCCGCUGGCCAACUUGUCUGUGUCGUAAACCCCACGCACAACCUGAAGUAUGUGUCCAGCUGUCGCGCCGUCACUCAGAGUGCACCAGAGCAAGGCGGCUGCCCCCAUCACCACCUCCCCCACCACCACCGCCACCACCACUCCCACCACCACCCCCGCCACCACGCCCACCCUCACCACCUCCACCACCAGCAGGCAGAGCUGCGUGCCCCCCAGGUGACGCCCUGCCUGUGCCCCCUGUUCUCCUGCCAGUGGGAAGGCCACUUGGAGGUGGUGGUGCCCCACCUGCGGCAGACGCACAGAGUGGAUAUCCUGCAGGGAGCUGAGAUCGUCUUCCUGGCCACGGACAUGCACCUCCCGGCCCCGGCUGACUGGAUCAUCAUGCACUCCUGCCUCGGCCACCACUUUCUGCUGGUGCUCAGGAAACAGGAGAGGCAUGAAGGGCACCCCCAGUUCUUUGCCACCAUGAUGCUGAUUGGGACCCCCACCCAGGCCGACUGCUUCACCUACCGCCUGGAGCUCAACAGAAACCAUCGGCGUCUCAAGUGGGAGGCCACCCCCAGGUCUGUCCUUGAGUGUGUGGACUCGGUGAUCACUGAUGGGGACUGCCUCGUCCUCAACACCUCGCUGGCGCAGCUCUUCUCCGACAAUGGCAGCCUUGCCAUCGGAAUCGCUAUCACUGCGACAGAGGUCUGCUCCUCAGAAGCCGAGAUGUGAAGUGAGAGGCCACCGGAGGCUCACACACAGCCACCCUCCUCCAGGAAACUCUGCUUGUGCCCUUCGGAUCUCCAGAUUCCAGGACUCCACACUCCUUUUUAUUCUUCUUCCUUUACCACCCUCCCUUCCUUCCUUCCCUUCCCCCCCUCCCUCCCUUCCUUCUUUCUUUUUCUUUCUUUUUUUUUUUUGUCUCAGGUGCUUAGGGGUAUCUAGUAUUUGUCUGCCUUGGGCAUUAUAUUAUGCAAACAUCCUGUGAUUCAAGAUCUUGGUGAAAUGUUUGUACUGAUUAGUUGGAAUAGUUUUACAGAACAUUUGUAAUUAAUUCAAUCAGAAUGAUUAUUAUCACCCCCCUCCACCCCAAUUCCCUUCUCCAUGGCUUCCAAAAUGAGCAAAUUUCACCGAGACCACGAAGCAGACUGGGGUUGAAAAGAGACUUGGUAUCCAAACCA